GUGUCAACCUAGCGAUACUCCCGAACUCUCUCCUUUUCUCUCUCUAAAAAGCCCAAACAUUUCAAACUUUCUGUCCCUCCCAUUUGACUCUCUCACUCUCUCUCUUUCUCUCUCUAGAUUCCUCUCUUUUUCUCUGUUAGGGUUUCUGCCAAGGAAAAGAUUCAGCUAAGCUCUAAUGGAAGCGGGACGUGUUGUUUAGUGAAGGAACAGUGGGGUCAUUUUUCCUCAAUCAACAGAGCAGAUUGGUUAAGGACUGAGAAAUUAUAAAAAUUUAGACUCUCAAAUUAGCUAUAUUUUGCCCUGGCAUGGUUCUAAGCAUGCAUAUAGUGGAUAGAUGCAUCAAAACAGAACUCGUGGUUGGUUAUUGGAGAGGCGUAAACCUGUUGCUGAAUUAAACGAAGCUUAUUGAAUAUCGGAAUGUUCCUUCAUCAAAUCCAGAGUCCACCCAGAUUUUUGGUAUAGGUCUCCAUAUCAGUUUUUCAAAAUAUGCAACACCGACUAUCCCUUAGAAACGGGAGUUGGAGGUGGUUGAAACAUUUUGGUUUUGGUGUAAAGGCGAUGCUUGAGCUCUAAGGUUUAUCUGUGUCAUUGAGUCAUUGAGUCAAAUUUUGUUUUAUGCUCUAUGAAAGCCGUAUAUCCUCCAUCAAAGAGAGGACCACUAUAUUUUAAGUUCUUUUAUUCAUUUUGUUAUUCUUCAUCCAGCAUUGUGAUUAGGGAAUAGCAAGGACAAGAAGGAUACUUGCAUGGAUCACUCAGAACAAACACUGCAACAACAGCACCAGCAGCAGCACCAUCAACAGCAGCCUGCAGUUGGUGUCGUAGCAGGUUCUGGUCAAAUGACAUCAUAUCCUCCUCCUUCGUAUCAAAGUGCUCCCAUGGUGGCUUCUGGAACUCCUGCUGUGUCUGUCCCUUCCCCAACGCACCCUCCCACCACUUUCCCUGAUCCGUCACAUCAGCUUGCCUACCAGAAAAUACAGCACUUUCACCACCAACAACAGGUGCAACAACAGAUGCAGCUUCAAGAGUUCUGGUCGGACCAAAUGCAAGACAUUGAGAAAGCAUCCGACUUCAAGAAUCACAGCCUUCCACUUGCUAGAAUUAAGAAAAUAAUGAAAGCUGAUGAGGAUGUUCGAAUGAUAUCUGCUGAGGCUCCAGUUAUAUUUGCAAAGGCAUGCGAAAUAUUCAUCUUGGAGCUGACUUUGCGCUCGUGGAUUCACACAGAGGAGAACAAAAGGAGGACAUUACAAAAGAAUGAUAUCGCAGCAGCUAUUUCAAGGACUGACGUCUUUGAUUUUUUGGUUGAUAUUAUCCCAAGAGAUGAGUUGAAAGAAGAGGCACUUGGUGUGACCAAGGCUACCCUCCCAGUGGUGGGUUCCCCAGCAGAUGUUCCAUACUAUUAUGUUCCACAGCAGCAUCCUGUGGGAGCUCCUGGGAUGAUCAUGGGGAAGCCAGUUGAUCAAGCAGCAAUGUAUGCUUCUCAACAGCCUCGACCACCUGUGUCUUUCAUGCCGUGGGCUCAGUCUCAACCUCAACAGCCGCAGCAACAGCAACAACAGGCCCAACAGCAGCAGACGGACACUUAAUGAUUCUGGCCAAAGCUGUUGCCAAAGCUGUUGCGGGGCAUAGCGUGUUAUCGUUAGAGAUGAGUUUUAGUACCGUUGGAUUAGUUGGCGAGUGUGACGCUACACCCUAGUGGAUUGUGCAGUGCAGCUAAAGUUAGGUUUAUUGUGUAUGUGCUCUGUGUCUCUACUGAUUUGAAGUUUUAGCUUUUCGCGUGUUAUUAUCUCGGAUUUAAAAGUUUGAAAAUUGACUUAAUUUUUUUAGUGCUUUUGAUUGUUA